UACCAUUUAAUAUGCAUUUUUUUAUUAACAGAAUCUUCCGCUCAACACUUUUUGAACUCGGUUGAUAGUGCUUGUGUAUUCCAUAACGCUAGCUCUCGUUUUGCUGAUGGUUUCCGCUUUGGCUUGGGAGCUGAAGUGGGUAUUUCAACUGCACGAAUCCAUGCUAGAGGACCAGUAGGUGUAGAAGGACUUUUAACUACCAAAUGGAUUUUGAGAGGUGAAGAUCAUACGGCUGCUGAUUUUGCUGAGGGUGGUAAAAGUGUUUGGCUGCAUGAAUCGUUGCCCAUUUAAGUGCAACAAAUUAAUCUGUAAUUUUUUUAAACUUGUAUCCUUUUAUAUCCUAAACAUACGUACAUAAAUUGAUUUUUUUAAAAACAUUA